UUGGGCGACGCACCGGACGUCGCGGCGGGGGCGUCCGGGCGGCGAAGCUGGAGCGGCGGUGGCGGCGGCGGCGGGAGGCCGGGGCCGGGGCUGAGGCCGGGGCCGGGGCUGCGAAGCCCGCGGGGCGGCAGGCGGCGGCGGCCCGGGGCUCGAGCCCGGAGGCGGAAGCGGCCGCCAUGGCCGAGAGCAUCAUCAUUCGCGUCCAGUCCCCCGACGGGGUGAAGCGGAUCACGGCCACGAAGCGAGAGACGGCCGCAGCCUUUCUGAAGAAGGUGGCGAAGGAGUUUGGCUUCCAGAACAAUGGCUUCUCGGUUUACAUCAACAGAAAUAAGACUGGAGAGAUCACCGCGUCGCCCACCAAGUCCCUCAACCUGCUGAAAAUCAAGCACGGCGACCUGCUGUUCCUGUUUCCCUCGAGCCUGGCCGGCCCCUCCUCAGAGAUGGAGACCUCAGCGCCCCUGGGGCUCAGAGCCCUGGGUGCACCCAGCGUGGUGGAGGACGAGAUCGACCAGUACCUCAGCCGGCAGGAUGGGAAGAUCUACCGGAGCCGCGACCCCCAGCUGUGCCGCCACGGGCCACUGGGGAAGUGCGUACACUGCGUGCCUCUGGAGCCCUUCGACGAGGACUACUUGAACCACCUCGAGCCUCCCGUGAAGCACAUGUCCUUCCACGCCUACAUCCGGAAGCUGACCGGCGGGGCCGACAAGGGGAAGUUUGUGGCCCUGGAGAACAUCAGCUGCAAGAUCAAAUCAGGAUGUGAGGGGCAUCUCCCGUGGCCCAACGGUAUCUGCACCAAAUGCCAGCCCAGCGCCAUCACGCUGAACAGACAGAAGUACAGGCACGUGGACAACAUCAUGUUCGAGAACCACACGGUGGCUGACCGCUUCCUCGACUUCUGGAGGAAGACGGGCACCCAGCACUUUGGGUACCUGUACGGCCGCUACACGGAGCACAAGGACAUUCCCCUCGGCAUCAGGGCUGAGGUGGCCGCCAUCUACGAGCCGCCUCAGAUCGGCACUCAGAACAGCCUGGAGCUGCUGGAAGACCCCAAAGCUGAAGUGGUUGAUGAAAUCGCAGCUAAGCUUGGCCUGAGGAAGGUCGGCUGGAUCUUCACAGACCUCGUCUCGGAAGACACCCGCAAGGGCACCGUCCGCUACAGUCGGAACAAGGAUACCUAUUUCCUGAGCGCAGAGGAGUGCAUCACCGCAGGAGACUUCCAGAACAAGCACCCCAACAUCUGCCGGCUCUCCCCCGAUGGGCAUUUUGGAUCCAAGUUUGUCACGGCGGUGGCUACAGGUGGCCCCGACAACCAGGUCCACUUUGAAGGGUACCAGGUGUCCAACCAGUGCAUGGCGCUGGUGCGGGACGAGUGCCUGCUACCCUGCAAGGACGCGCCGGAGCUGGGCUAUGCCAAGGAGUCCAGCAGCGAGCAGUACGUGCCCGACGUUUUCUACAAGGACAUAGACAAGUUUGGCAAUGAGAUCACCCAGCUGGCCCGGCCUCUGCCCGUGGAGUACCUGAUCAUAGACAUCACGACGACCUUCCCCAAGGACCCCGUGUACACCUUCUCUAUCUCACAAAGUCCGUUCCCCAUCGAGAACCGGGACGUGCUGGGCGAGACGCAGGACUUCCACAGUCUGGCCACCUACCUGUCCCAGAGUACCUCGUCUGUGUUCCUGGACACCGUUUCUGACUUCCACCUCCUGCUGUUCCUGGUCACCAACGAAGUCAUGCCCCUGCAGGACAGCAUUGGCCUGCUAUUGGAAGCCGUGCGGACCCGGGACGAGGAGCUGGCCCAGACGUGGAGGAAGUCGGAGCAGUGGGCCACCAUCGAGCAGCUCUGCAGCACCGUGGGGGUACAGCUUCCGGGUCUCCAGGAGUACGGGGCCGUCGGGGGCUCGGCGCAUGCCGCCACGGCCGCCAUGUGGGCCUGCCAGCACUGCACCUUCGUGAACCAGCCGGGCACCGGCCACUGCGAGAUGUGCAGCCUCCCCAGGACCUAGGCCCCGCGGGCCUGUGCCCGGCCCUCUCUCAAGCCCGCGUCCUGGGAGCCAGCCCCAGCCGCCCUGGGCCCCCUCACCAGGCUGCCUUGGAAGGGGGCCGGUCUCCGGUGGGGGCGGGCGGCGCUUCCUGGGCUCAGGCUGCUCCCACUGUCCCAGCUUCUCCCCUCCCCGGGCACCUCUGUUCCUGCCCCUCCCCAGGGGUGGUUCAGCGCUGCCUCCCCGUCGGGUCGCGUCUCUGGGGGUGCGGGCAGCGUGCCCCCACUGCUUGGUCCCCGGCCCACGCACUCCCCAACGCCAGGGGGGCUGAAGUCUGCGUUGGUGGGUGGUGACAGUUACCGGCGACUCCUACCCAGAAGACUUUUAUUUAUUUUUUUAAGAUAAAAAGUGCAAAGGGGAGCAAGAGACUAGCUUUCCCUCCUCCCCCUCGGUGAGUCCCUGCGGGUACGGAUGGCGGGCGCGGCCAGGGCCAGUUGGGUCUCCUCGGAAGUAAACCUCAGUGCCUGAGACUCCUGCCAAGCGGCAGGGCCGGCGGCUGCGCCCUGGCAGCUCGAGCGCAUGCAUGCUGGCCCCACUGGCCCUUUGGAUGCCUGGCCCCGGCAGGGAGCUCGGGUCUCCCCUGCCCCACACACCGUUCCUCCUGGGGCCAACCUCUGGUCAGCGCGUGGCCCUCGAGACAGGCCAGUGGGGGUCCCUGGCCUCGUGGACCUGGGGCUCUGGGACUGUCGUGUGCUGGCGGGGGAGGCCUGGGCCAUCCCGGGACAAAGGCCGUGGUGGGACCUGGCGCGCAUGCUCCAGGCCUCGCGCCGCCUCUGGCAGCGUGCUAGGCUGACCCGUGGCCACGCCGAAGCCUCUUUGCCUUAACGAGAGCCAUCUCUGAGCUGCACUCGCCCACUGAGGAGACCAGCAGACCGUGCGGGGACUUCGUCGGCCCGGGGCGGGCUGCCUGGAACACCCUCCUCACCCUAGCCACUGUGGACAGGAGCUGGCGGCCCUCGGGCCCACGAGGACAGGCACAGGCGGGUCUGCUCCUGGGGACAGAGGCACGCUGGGCUGGGCAGCACGGUCUGUUCUGAAACUGGACUCUGGCCGCAUCUGCCCCUCCAGGCCGCUGCCAAGGACUCGGGCCCUGCUGACAGCGUCCGGAGGGCCUGUCCCUCCACCUGCGCUUGCCCCAUAUCUGCCAGCCCCACGCAGACCCUGCCCACCCUCUGCCACUCGCGCGUCUUUAUCCACCAAGCCCGUUCCCUUUUCUCUUCAGUCAGCGUGUUCUUGCUUUGGACUCGGCCUUCACAUAACCCAUGUUUUCCUUUGUCUUCUAGCUCAAGAACAAGCUUUGUGAUUUCUUGCUUCUGGUUUUGAGUCGCUUUGUUCAGUGAUGCACUUUACUUUAUCGUCCAAAGAGUCAGAGCUCAG